AUGGAAGCCAUCUCUCGCGCCGGCAAGGCGUUCCUCUCCUCGACCAGCGACAUGCUCCAGAACGCGCUCGUCUCGUCCAACGCCGCCGCCUCCAACGCGCACGCCGAUUCGCUCACCAAGGACCUCGUCGUCCAGCAGAUCCUCAUCCACCCCAUCAAGUCGUGCCGCGGCACCUCGGUCCAAGAAGCGCCCUUCGACCACCAGGGUCUCCAGUAUGAUCGCACCUGGCUCAUCAUCGACGCCGAUUCCAAGAAGUUCUACACCGCUCGCGAGCUGCCCAAGAUGGUGCUCAUCCACCCCGAGAUCCAGUCCGACUCCAACACGCUCGCCAUCCACAUCCCGCAGUCCGAGACCGGCACGCCCGCAACCACCGUCAAGGUGCCGCUGCAGCCGACGCAGCAGGAGGUCGCCGAUUGCGAGGUAGUCGAGGGCAUCUUCAUCUGGGGCGCCUACGUGGACGGGUACGCCGUGUCCAAGCAAGCCGACGACAAGCUCUCGGCGUACUUUGGCAAGGCGGUGCGGCUGGUGCGCAAGGGGCCCUCGCCGCGCGAGAGCGGACCCACGGAUCCCGACGGCAACGUCGAGUGGAAGGACGCCGUGCUGCGAUACCAGGACUUCUACCCGUGCCUCGUCGCGUCUGCCGAAAGCCUGCGUGAUGUGCAGCGCACGCUCACCGCCUCGGUCUACCCCUCGAUGCAAGACGGCGACGAGGCGGCCAAGGCGUACAAGGUUCCUCCGUCGGUCAACCGCGAAUACUGGACUCCCGAAGAGCUCUCUUCGCUCCCCAUCACGCGCUUCAGGCCCAACAUCAUUGUCGACGAUGCGCCCGGUGCCGAGUCCAAGCUCUCGCCGUGGGAAGAAGAUGGCUGGACUGCAGCUGAGCUGUUUGACGCCAAGGCGGAAGCGCCGCUGGGUGGCGAGGCGGAACACAAGGGCAGGGCGGGUAUCUAUAUGCUCGCCAAGUGCGCGCGCUGCAUGGUGCCCAACAUUGACCCGGAGACGGGCGUGCGCGACAACUACCUGCCGUAUAGAGUGCUGCAGGAAUUCCGACAGGUGGAUCCGGUGGCGGCCAAGAAGGGCAAGCCGUGCUUUGGCAUGCUGAGUGUGCCGCGCGAAGAGCACGGCGUGGUGCGUGUGGGCGACCGCUUCAGAGUCACAAAGACCACCGACCCGCAAACUCGGCCCUCGCCUGCCUAG